AGAGAGCCAAGAAAUAAUGGGAGAUUGGUAUCCAUUCAGCGAGUUCGAUUUCGAAGCUGUAGUUCAGGACAAAUAUAGUUCAUCCAACAACGAUUUCUGGACGGUGUCGUCAGAUCCACUGGAUCAGCAUCAUCAUAAUGAAGAUAAAGGACUGAAAAACGUUAAUAUUUCUGAAGCAGAGGACUGGGGAGACUCGGGGAAUUUCGGGUUCUUCCCCGAUCAUGACUAUUCAACCCAAGAAGAUUCCUUUUUAUCCUUCACUAACCAACAGAAGGAGCAAUUGUCGAAUCUGGAUUAUGAUUCGUUGGAUAAUCUCAGAUUCGACAUGGUCGUCUCUUCGCCGCUCGGUGACGCCCCCAAGUUUGAUGAUCAAAUCCUAGCCAUGGCUGAUCUCUCCCGACCUAACAAGAAUUACCAGGACCAGAAUUUGUCUCUCCCUUUAGCUUCACUUGAUCUUCUCAACAACUAUGGUAAUAGAUUAAAGCGUUUAUACCGCGAAAUUGAGCCAGAUGAGGAUAAUCAGCUUCAGCCUAUUGAUGAUUUGAGAGAAAGGAAGAAGCUCUCAACAGAGGAUGUGAUGAGAAUCGCCGGAGCAAUGUUCAUCCGAUCAUCGUAUUCAGAUCAAUCAGAGGGUUUGGAUUAUUUAAUUCCCCAACCUUAUGAUUGCUACUACUCUAGCCUUUCCGAAGAAGAAAAAGGGGACGUGAAGCUCGCUGAAUCUCUUCUCGCUUCUGCCGAGAAAGUCGGGUUGGGUCAAUUCGAACGAGCAGCCAAACUUCUUGACCACUGCGAAUCACAGUCUUCCAAGACUGGGAACGCCGUGAAACGUGUCGUCUCAUACUUUUGCGAGGCCCUCCGCGAAAGGAUAAACAGAGAAACAGGAAGAGCUUGCGCUCCUCCAUUUUCUCCGGUGGGAGAAAUCCCUCGUCAUUAUCAUAAAUACAGAGAAAAGGAAUUCACACUUUUCGAUCCCGACAAGUCAAUGCAGAAUCCAGGCCCUACUAUUAUUGCAUGCCACGUACAGCUUCCUUUCUGUCAGGUUGCAGUGUUCGCCGGAAUCCAAGCCAUCUUGGACAAACUAGGCGAUUCAAAAAAGGUUCACAUGAUCGAUCUCGGAAUCAGAACAGGAUUGCAAUGGACCAUUCUCAUGCAAGCCCUUGCAUUACGACGAGAAUGCCCACUCGAGCUCUUAAAAAUAACAGCAGUAGGAACAACAGAGAAAGAUUCACUGAGGGAAACGGGUAAGAGAUUAGCCAGUUUUGCAAAAUCCAUGAACAUACCCUUUUCGUUUUAUAUAGUUACGGUAUCCGACAUGCAUGAGCUUAAGGAAGAACUGUUCGAGCUAGACGGCGAGGAAACAAUCGCAGUUUACGCCAUGUUCGCACUGAGGCCCCUGAUUGCAGAGGCAGAUCAGUUAGAAGCGAUGAUGAAGGUGAUAAGAAAUUUGAACCCGAUCGUGAUGGUGGUGACCGAAGUGGAAGCAAACCACAACUCAAAGUCAUUCGUGAAGCGGUUUACGGAAGCUCUGUUCUACUUCAGUGCAUUUUUCGACUGUGUGGAGGAAUCCAUGGAAGGGGACGAUCCGAACAGGACGGUUUUGGAGUCAUUAUAUUUAAGUUAUGGGAUUAGGGAUAUUGUGGCGGCGGAGGGAGAGAAGAGGAAGAUUAGGAACGUGAAGAUUGAAGUGUGGAGGGCUUUCUUCGAGAGGUUUGGGAUGGUGGAGGGAGAACUGAGUAUGUCGUCGUUGUACCAGGCGGAGCUGGUGGCUAAGAGAUUUGCCGGUGGGAGUUUCUGCACGUUUGACAAGAAUGGAACUAGUUUGCUUUGUGGCUGGAAGGGUACUCCACUUUACUUUGUUUCUGUCUGGAAAUUCCUUUGAUCACAGCGUACGUGAAUGAAUUAAAAUGCUUGUUUUGGUUCAUUUGAACUAUCAUCUUGUGAAGGAUCGAUAUAUAUAUCAAGAAUGUGUAAACUUUUGUUUUUGGUUCUUGUUGCAAAAUAUGCCUGCUUUACUUC